GGCGGCGGCGGGAGGAGGAGGAGCGGGAGGGGCGCGGUCCCGGAGAGCCGCGCUGCCGCCACCGACCCUGCCCCGCUGCGCUGCGCUCCGGCGGGAGGCUGUGCCGCGCCGAGCCGCGGCCGGGCCGCCUCGCUCCGUCUCGGCGUCCGUGGAAGGGAUGCGGCGGCACGCACCAUGAGCUGGCUGUCCGGCUCCCGCGGCGUGGUGCUCACCGCCUACCACCCCAGCGGCGGCACCGGCGGCCGUCGUUCUGGCCAGUAUACAAUGAACCAUGAUGAUUCCAAGAGGAUCCCAGAUGGAGCGUCGUUUGAUCGCUCAGGUUCCCAGGACUCCUUGGAUGCAAUGUCUUUGGAUGAUUUUUGGAAGGAAGUUGAAAACAUCCAUGAAACCAGAGGAAAUAAUCAUGAGGAACGACAAACAAUUGUAGUAAAGGAGCCAGAUGAGGGAGAACUGGAAGAAGAAUGGCUGAAGGAGGCAGGUCUGUCCAACCUGUUUGCUGAGAGCACGGGUGAUUCCCAAGAAAGCAUGGUGUUCCUGUCCACACUGACCCGAACCCAGAAGGCAGCAGUAGAAAAACGAGUAGAGACUGUCACACAGACCUUGAGAAAAAAGAACAAACACCACCAGAUUCCUGAUGUCAGAGAUAUCUUUAGGCCACAGAGUGACCCAAAGGAAAAGGUCUGUGAUAGAAGUGAACCCUCAGCUGAAAGAACAGCUGAAAGCAAAAGUGAAAUGCAGGAUGAAACAAAAGAUCUGAAGUUCAGUCUUGGAACUAAUGAGCAGAAGAGCCCGCUUGAAGACAUGCCAUUUUCAGAGACUGACAUCAAUUUGGAGAUACCUUUUGCAGAACAGGCAGCUAAUCUCAAAGACAACUCACUAGGCAAAAUGUGUAAGGAUGGAGGGGGCGAUACUCUCCGCACGAAUUUUAGACUGCCAAAGGACAAAACAGGAACCACAAAGAUUGGUGAUCUGGCCCCUCAGGACAUGAAGAAGGUCUAUUCUUUAGCACUGAUUGAAUUGACUGCUCUCUAUGACGUACUUGGGACAGAAUUCAAGCAACAAAAAGCUGCAAAAAUCAAAACCAAAGACUGUGGCUUGUUUGGUGUCCCACUGUCAGUUUUACUGGAACAGGAUCAGAAGAAGGUGCCAGGCACCAAGAUCCCACUGAUUUUUCAAAAGUUGAUUUCCCAGAUAGAAGAGUCAACUCUGGAGACAGAAGGACUUCUUAGAAUACCAGGAGUUGCAACAAGAGUAAAGAGCCUUUGCCAAGAAUUAGAAGCAAAAUUUUAUGAAGGGACUUUCAACUGGGAAAAUGUAAAGCAACAUGAUGCAGCAAGUCUUUUAAAACUCUUCAUCCGUGAACUGCCUCAACCUCUCCUAACAGUAGAAUAUCUCAAAGCUUUCCAAGAUGUACAGAAUCUUCCAAGGAAGAAACAGCAGCUGCAAGCUUUGAAUCUUUUGGUUAUCCUUCUACCUGAAGCAAACAGAGACACACUGAAGGUACUGCUCGAGUUCCUUCAAAGGGUAAUAGAUCAUCGAGAGAAAAACAAAAUGACACUAAACAAUGUUGCGAUGGUGAUGGCCCCAAACCUUUUCACAUUUCAAGGGCUUGGCUCAAAGAGUAUUGAACAGAGCGAGUUUGCUAUGGCAGCUGGAACAGCAAAUGUCAUGCGUUUUAUGAUUCAGUACCAAAAACUUCUCUGGACAAUUCCCAAGUUUAUUGUUAACCAAGUGAGAAAACAAAACACUGAAAACCAGAAGAAGGAGAAAAAGGACAAAGCUAUGAAGAAACUUCUGAAAAAGAUGGCUUAUGAUCGGGAAAAGCACGAGAAGCAGGACAAGACACCUAAUGAUGCUGAUGUUCCUCAGGGAGUGAUACGGGUGCAAGCACCUCAUCUUUCGAAAGUUUCCAUGGCAAUACAGCUGACAGAAGACCUGAAAGCCAGUGAUAUAGUAGCCAGAUUUCUCAGUGAGAAAAGUGGAAAUGUCCAAACACUCAAGAAAGAAGAGGUCUUCCUUUAUGAAAUAGGAGGAAAUAUUGGGGAACGCUGCCUUGAUGAUGAUACCUACAUGAAGGACCUCUACCAGCUCAACCCAAAUGCUGAGUGGGUUAUAAAACCUAAGCAGAGCUAAGCAAAUGGCAAAAGAACAAACCAUGGACUUACCUUGUAAUGCUGAAUUUUUCAAAGGGGUAGUGUGUUCUUUCAACAUUCAACUUUACUAUACUUAUUAAUAGAAACUUACCUAGUUAAAAAAAAGAAAGGCAAUGGAAACCCAACAAUGAUUACUAGUAAAUUUUCACUUUUACUUACAGCAAGAUACCAGAAAGAACUUUUCCCACUCAUUUGAUAUGAGAAUAAGUCAGUUAAACACUUUAAUGGCACUAAUCUCCCUUAAUGAUACUCCCAUCUGGUAGGUCUGGUUUCAAAAGAAUUUAUUUUUCAAACAGAUGUUUAACCUCUUUAUGUUAGAGAUGUAAAAUCUGUUUGCAUAGAAGUGUGUGUUCACAUAGGUUUUUGCAGUGGUAGGACACUGGAGAACCAAAUCCUGAUCAGCACUUCUGAAUGGUACAGUAUUAAAAAUACCUGAAACCAUUUCUCAAGUAAGUGUGAAAUUUGCAGGAAAAAACUGCAGUACAAUAUAUAUUUUGUUUUUGGAAGUCCUAAUUUUGUUCACUUUCUAGGUAAACUUUGAUAGAAACUAUUUAAAAACAACUGUGAAAAUGC